AUGUACGACCUGGUGUCCGAGCUGCAGGAGCGCAGUGAGGAGCUGGACAAGCGCAUUGGGACUCUGGAGGACAAACUGGACUCUGUGACGGGCAGCCUGCAGGCCCUGCCCUGCCUCAUCUCACAAGCCAUAUCCCAGCAGCAGCAGGACUUCCUGGACGGCUUCAUGCACCGCUUCAGACCGGCGUCUCUGGGGUCAGAGCGCUCUGAGCGUUCUGAGCGCUCCUGGACUUCCACCCGCAGGAGGCGCUCUCCAUCCACAGCCCCACACACCUCCUCCGACAGCGGAUAG